CCGAACAGGCACAACGGCUCGAAUCGGGGCUUCAACCGGCGCCGCGGCCGCGGCAACGGGUUCAACAGGAACGGCAGGAACUUCCGGCACAACAGGAACAACAGGUCGAACAGGAGUCACACUCCGCCGUAAAUAAGUUGUAGGUCGCCGUACGAGUUGGUAAUGCAGGUAGCACGUGCUUUCUGACACAACUGUCAGAAUGAGUCAAAUACAUGAUUGGACAUCAGGGGUGGAUAAAAUGGUUGAGCCGCUCUCGGUGACGUUGUCAGCGCCCGCAUUAUCACUGUUACUGUACGAGAACACAAAAUCCGCCCACCAACAGGAAGGCUUUCUACUGGGUGAUAUAGUGAGGAAAGAAGUCAAAUCGAUAACAGACCGCGAUGAGGGUUUGGUUAGCAGGUCCACGGUCGUCAAAAUCAGUUCAGUCGUUCCGUAUCCACAAGGUAGGCCGUUCUACGACCACGCUGGCAACGUCAACAGGGAUAGGGUGAUGGAGUUCCUUGGGCCGCAGUACAAGAAAGUGGUGGCCUGGUACAAGUACAAGAGGUCAUCGGACUUUAGGUUCACAUUCAGGGAGAAACUAAUACACAAGGGGCUGAGUAAAAUGUUUGAUGUCAAACCGGAGUUGUUUACAUGUUGCCUUUUGCUGCAGGACAGCACAGAAAACAAAUCGACUCACACAUACCGGCAACAGUUUUUGAAAUACGAUAGUUACGACUACGAUCGGGUUCCCUUCCGGAUUAUUAACUUGAGUGAAUCGAAUAAUGGGUAUAAAAAUUCUGAGCCAGCAUCAGAGACAUUCAACAGGAUACUCAGGAAUUUGGAUAUUGAUAUUAAGAGAACUCAGGGUUCGGUUGUGAUCAACAAAAUUCACACUGCCUUACAAAAACACAUGCACUCUGUAGUUAAAGAGCUGAAUGAUGCUGAACAUAGGCUUUUUGAACUUGAAAGUGAAAUUGAAAAUUUGAGUGUAAAUAAGAGAUUUAGUAAACACUCUAGUGAAGACUCAUUAAACAAGAGUAAUAAUUGUCUAGAAAUAGACACAAAUAAACAAGAAGAGAAUUAUAUAGAACAGCAGGAAAGGCUUUUGAAUGGUUCCUCAUCCAAAAGUGAAUGGAACUCGUUUGACAGUGAUAGUGAGAAACUGGAUACCAAAGAAAAAGAUAAAUCACCAAAUGAUACCAGUGAUGAUCUGAUAUCAUUUGCUGAUGAUACAGAAAUAAUAGUGGACAAAUGCUCUAUGAUCAAGAAAGAAGUUGACAUUGGCAACAAGGCACGAAUAGAGGUCAAAAGUAAUGAAAAAUAAGUCACUAGUUUUUAAGCACUAAAAACCAAUAUUUUUAUAAUUAUAAUAAAUAGUAAUUUAUUAUAUUAAUUUUUAUUUUCA